CGAGGAAAGAGAACGUUUUCAAAACGAAGCCGGCCAUGAACUUAUAUACCCCCCACCAACAAAACGCCGCCUGCAACAACCUUCCUCUUACCUGUACAUUCAUUGUCAUCAGCAAUCCUUUUCUUAUAUACAUGAAGUUAUAAAUACCCUACACGCCUAGUUGCCUAAAUAGCAUGCACUUGAAAAUUUCUCAAAAAGAAUAAACAUGGCAGAUGCUAUUGUGUUCGAGGAUUUCUUCCCUGCCAUGGUGGAUAAGUUAGGUGCAGAAGGGUUUAUGAAAGAGCUAUGCAAUGGGUUUAGGUUGUUAAUGGAUGGGGAGAAAGGGAUGAUAACAUUUGAGAGCUUGAAGAGGAAUUUGGCUUUGUUAGGGUUACAAGAUAUGGAUGAUGAUGAAGUGGUUUGUAUGUUGAGGGAGGGGGAUUUGAAUGGUGAUGGUGGGUUGGAUGAGAUGGAGUUUUGUACUUUGAUGUUUAGGUUAAGUCCUGCUUUGAUGAAAAGUUCAAAGAGUUUGCUUGAAGAAGCUUUGGUUACUGAAAUGUAACCCUUUUUAAUUGUAGCCAUUGUUCUUUGUUUUAGGGCAUUGUUUUGCUAUAUUUGUCUAUGAUGAAAUCAAACGUCUCUUUUAUUUUUAUUUUUUUCAUGAUGUAAUAACAUAAUACAGAGAAAUAUAUUAUCGGAAUUUAAGAUAAAA